UUGUUUAUAUGGAGCACUUACUUCUGAGAUAAAGAAACUUUUACUCGAUUACAAAUUCAGUAAAGCAGUAGAUGAGAGCCAGCCAUAUUUCAAAUUUUUGACCUUACUCUACGAUCAACCACUGAAUACAUUUAGUGAUGUGGUAUUCAAAUUAUCGUCUUCUGAAGAAAUUCACGCGCAUCGAUGCAUCCUUUAUGCACGAUCAAAGUACUUUGCCAAUAAAUUAGAAACUAUCUGGCGUAAUUAUGAAGUUAUAGAAGUUCUAGAAUCACAAUGGCAUCCAACAUGUUUCCGCGGAAUUUUAAGAUAUUUAUAUACAGGCGAAAUAGUCAUAAUUACUAAAGAUUUAGAAACUAAAAUGAUAUCAUUGUGUCAACAUUUUGAAUUAGAUAGUCUGGCGGAACGUUACAAUGAUAGCAAAAUUUCAAAAAAAGAAGCACAAGUACUUGAUAAGUUAGAGUCGCAAGUACUUCGACAAGACUUUGAAAAGUUUUUUAAAGAUAAUAUAUUAAAAAGUAAAAAGUAUAUGAAGGAUGACGGAACAUCAAGCGAUGAUAUUUCAAAUGGUAGAGAAUUACAAGGAUUUACCCAAGCAGACAUUUGUAUUCAAAUAGAUCAAGAAAUUUUUCCUUGCCAUAAGGUCUUCCUUACGGAACGAUCAGAAUAUUUCAAAGUCAUAAUAACAGGACCAUUUGCUGAAAGCCGACAGAUGGAUACAAUUUAUUAUGAAAAUCGUCGUAUAUCCAAAAUAACAAUUUCAGAUUAUUGUACACCAGAAAUAUUUGCAUUGAUAUUAGAAUUUAUUUAUAUAGAUAAAUGUGAUAUUCCACCUAACCUUUCGUAUCAAGUCCUUAUUGAAGCAGAUAAAUUUUUACUUGAUAAGUUGAAAUCACUUGCAUCCAUAGUAUUGACUAAUCAGUCAGAACCACAAGAAGAUAUUUAUAC